UUGACCUUUCCUUUUGUCCCUGUCUAGUUCUUCCCAAGAGGAGAAAAGGCCAAAGGAGAUGGAUUCCCUAGAGGCCCAGCUGGCUGGCUUGAGGCAGGAGCUGGUGGCUUUGAGCCAGAGGCAAGCUGAGGUGCAAAAAGAAUUACACCUUUGGCCCGAGAAGAUGGCGGCCCUACGCAAUGAGGUGGAGUCUAAGGUCCCUGGCUGGAUUCAGCGGGUCCUUGGUAUUAAGCAAGAGGAGGUGCAGGCCCAGCUUCAUGACCUGGAGCACAGAAUCUUGAGUCAUGUGGCCCAAGAGUGGCCCAAGUCUGUGAGCAAAGCUGCUGCCAUCUUAAGACUGAGCCUUCUUAAGGAAGGAAUGACUACCGGUGUGACGAAGGAGGAAGUGAACCAGAUCAUAAAGGAGGCCCUGAAAGAACACAGUGAAGAUCGAAUCGGGCUUGUGGAUUAUGCCCUGGAGUCCUCAGGAGCCAGCAUUGUCAGUAGCCGCUCCUCAGAGACAUACGGCAUCAGGACGGAGUGGUCUGCCCAUUUCACUCUGUUGGGCAUCCCAUUGUGGCGCUAUUUCCAGUCGCCAAGAGUCAUCCUCCAGCCAGAUGUCUACCCUGGCAACUGCUGGGCAUUCCGGGGCCCCCGGGGCUUUGUCGUGGUGCGCUUGUCUGCCCGGAUCCAGCUCACUGCCAUCACUUUGGAGCACGUGCCCAAAGCCCUGUCCCCAAACAGUGACAUCCCCAGUGCCCCAAAGGACUUUGUCAUCUUGGUGAGUACCCGAGCCUGGCAGCUCUCCUUUCCAGAGUGGCACAAAGUCGUUUCUUAACAGCAGCAUUGCCAGGUGAGCAAUGCAAGGCUGUGCCCAUUUGACACAUGAGACAUUGAGGCUGAUCUCCUCACUCCAGGCCCAGCCCUUCUGUUCCUCCUCCUCUAC